AAAUCCAUGGUCUCUCCUCCACACUAUACUGUCCUGCAGUUCUUUCUUUCUCAACUCCUUCUGCACUUUCUGACACUCAGCUUUGCUGCAAAAAUGACCACAGCUGGUAAGGUCAUCAAAUGUAAAGCAGCAGUGGCCUGGGAGCCCAACAAGCCUUUGGUGAUUGAGGAGAUUGAGGUAGCCCCACCCCAGGCCAACGAGAUCCGCAUCAAGAUUGUGGCAACUGGGGUGUGCCACACGGACCUGUAUCAUCUGUUUGAGGGUAUGCCAAAAGACGGCUUCCCAGUAGUUCUUGGCCAUGAAGGAGCCGGCAUCGUAGAGAGCGUCGGGCCUGGAGUCACUGAAUUUCAACCAGGAGACAAGGUGAUUCCUCUGGUUAUCUCCCAGUGUCAACAAUGUCGCUUCUGUAAGAGUCCCGGAACCAACCAGUGUGAGAAAGGAUGGGCUGCUGAUCGUUUUGAUGUGAUGGCAUUAGCAGACUCCAGAUUUACAUGUAAGGGAAAGAAGGUGCUGCAGUUUAUCGAAACCAGUACCUUCUCUGAGUACACUGUGAUUAACCAGAUGGCUGUGGCUAAGAUCGACCCCACUGCUCCUCUGGACAAAGUCUGUCUCCUUGCGUGUGGGGUCACCACAGGAUAUGGAGCAGCAGUUAACACAGCUAAGGUAAAACCAGACUCUACAUGUGCUGUGUUCGGCCUGGGAGCUGUGGGUUUGGCUGCAGUCAUGGGCUGCAAGGCUGCAGGAGCCAAGAGGAUCAUCGCUGUUGACAUCAAUCCAGAGAAGUUUGAAAAAGCCAAGGUGUUCGGUGCAACAGACUUUGUGAACCCCAAGGAUCACAGUAAACCCAUCAGUCAAGUGCUGUCUGAGAUGACUGACGGAGGAGUGGAUUACUCCCUGGAAUGUGUUGGGAAUGUAGAAGUCAUGCGCAAUGCCUUGGAGUCUUGUGUGAAAGGGUGGGGUGUUGGCGUGAUUGUUGGUGCAACAGAUUUGCAAGACUUUUCUACUCGACCUAAUCAGUUCCUUGCUGGCCGCACAUUGAAGGGCUCCCUGUUUGGAGGAUUUAAGAGUAAGGAUGGUGUGCCUCUGAUGGUUAGAGCCUACCUCAACAAGAAGGUGAAGCUGGAUGAGUUCAUCACCCACAACAUGACUUUAGACCAGGUCAAUGAUGCCAUGGAAACGAUGAAGCAUGGAAAAUGCAUCCGAACAGUGCUGAAUGUAUCUCCACAUAAAGACCAUUAUGUUCCUUUCAGUGAUGCCAAAACAUUUCAGUCAGGGAAGACUUAAUUGAAAGAGAUGUUUAAAGAGUAAUACAAUUAAUUUAUGGACAAAGUGCACAAUGGGGGAGUUGAAGAAAAAUUAGAUCUGUGAUUAGAUCCCAUCAUGACCUCAUAAUUUAAAGGAGGUGAUACCAUAAGCUAUACAGGAAAAUCCCCUCAACGAAGUUUAGACACAGGCAGUGGUGAAGAGGUCAAGAGCAAUGGCUGAAGAUCUGGAUGGAUGGGAUGUGUAGCAGGACUUCUGAUGAGCUCACUGGAAGGUGAACUGGGAAGACUGGUUGUGAUAGAAAUAUGAGAUUAAAGGGGUGGUGGAGGAUUACAUCGAUCUGACACUAAAAUGAUAGGUGACAGUGGAAAGGAAAGAAGUUUUAAACUUUGGCAACAAAGAAAUAAUUGGUUUACUUAGGUUGUGGCAGAAUCUGAUGCCUGAUGUCUUGAACUCUGAACACUAUUCAAUGGAAUACAUGCAGAUUGUGAUAAAUGUGUUCAAAUAAACAAAUGGGAUCUGUGG